AUGAGCUUCCAGACCCCACCCAGGCUCCUGGACCUGGCGGGGCAGAGCCUGCUGGGGGACGAGGCCUUGGCCGACUCGGCCCUGGAGUGCCUGCCCUCCGAGCUCUUCCCGCCGCUGUUCAUGCAGGCCUUUUUUGGGAGACACAAGGAGUCCCUGAAGGCCAUGGUGUCUGCCUGGCCCUUCGACUGCCUCCCUCUGGGGGGCCUGAUGCAGUUGCCUCAGUAUGGGACCCUGCGAGCCGUGUUCGACGCUGACAUCCUGCUUGCCCAGAAGGUUCGCCCCAGGCGGUGGAGACUGCGGGUGCUGGAUUUAUGGAACACCGGCCAGCACUUCUGGAGCAGGUGGUCUGGAGCCAGGGCCCCGGAGCACUCCUGGACCGGGCCCGCGGCCGAGGGCUGUUCCGGGACGCGGCAGCCCUUGGCCCCCUUGGAGGUGUUCAUAGACCUUUGCUUCAGCCAUAGGAUCCAGGAUCAUUUCUUCACCUACAUCAUCUCAUGGGCCAAGAAGAGGGAAGGAUCCCUCCACCUGUGCUGUAAGACGCUAAAGAUUUUGGCGGUGCCCGUCAAGAACAUCAAGUCCCUGGCCCUGGUGCAGCUGGACUGCAUCCAGGAGGUGGAAGUGAAUUGCCCCUGGAGCCUGUCCAGUCUGGUCAUUUUUGCGUCGUACCUGGGUCAGAUGACCAACGUGCGCAGGCUCUCCCUGUCCCAUAUCCACAUGCCGGCCUCCCAGGAAGAGGAGCGGGAGGAGGAGCUCCACCUCACUCAGUUCGCCUCCCAGUUUCUCCACCUGCGGCGCCUGCAGGAGCUGCAUCUGGAAUCUCCUGCCUUUCUCGCAGGCCACCUGGACCGGAUGCUCAGGUGCCUGCACACCUGCUUGGAGACCCUCUCCAUAACAAACUGCCUGCUGCUGGAAUUGGACAUGAUGCACCUGUCCCUGUGCGAGAACCUCCAUCAGCUCAAGCACCUGGAUCUGAGUGGCGUCUGCCUGACCGAGUUUGAUCCCGAGCCCUUCUAUGUGUUGCUCGAGGAAGUCACGGCCACGCUCCAGGUCCUGGACUUAGUUUACUGCGGGAUCACGGACGCUCUCGUCGAGGCCAUUGUGCCUGCCCUCAGCUGCUGCCACCAGCUCAGGGCCCUCAGCAUGUCUGGGAACCCCCUGUCCCUGGCCACCAUAGGGAGGCUGCUGCACCACACCACCAGGCUGGGCAGUCUAAGCUUAGAGCUGUACCCGACCCCUGUGGAGAGUUACAACCCCUACGGGGCCCUUGAACUGGGGAGACUCGCCCACGUCCGGGAUGAGCUGACAGGGAUGCUGAGGGACUUAGGACGGUCCAGGACCAUCCGGAUUAGCGCCAGCCCCUGUCCUCACUGUGGCCAGCCGGUAUCCUCUCAGAUGGAGCCCAUUAUAUUCUCCUGUGAUAACCCUGCUUAA